CGUCAUACCAAAACAAAAAUGGCCCAGUCUGAAGUUCGGACGAGCCUUGAUCAGGAGGUGCUUUACGAGAAAGAUGGAGUAUUUCUCCACACAACGAUUUCUUCAGCAGAAAAUGACGAUACAUUGAUACCUGGGAGAUUAUUUCUCAUAAAAAGGGCUGAAGGGGUAUUUAUAGAUUGGAAGCCAGAACAAAAUGUGCAGGAUUUGAAUAAGACAGACGAAUGGACGGUAGUGAAUCACACGGUGGGAUAUAAAUCAGAUUCUGGCUCUGUAUCAAUGAAAUCCCCGGUGAAACACAAACACAUUAUAACCUUCAAUAUUUCGGAUUUGAAGAGCUUCAAAAGAUCAUCUCAGCAACUUGGGUGGUCCUAUUUGAUAUUUAUCCUACAAGAUGGCACCACUUUUCCUGCCCUUCAUUUCCACCAAGGGGGCACUAAGGCUCUGAUCAAGGAAAUGGAAAAAACCCUCAGCAUUAAAAAAUCUAAUAAUGACUCCAAGCUGUAUAUAGUGAGAGAACAUGAUCCUCAGGCCCUCUCGAAAUCCUUUGAUGAGCUUCAACUGUUCACGGAUCACUCCCAGGAUAUUGUUUCUAAAAUAAUUAAAGAUCCAGUUGGUGCUACUCUUGGGGGUUUUGCCAAGGUGACUAAACUACUCCAUGACACGCUUAUAGCUGCCGAGACUCAAGCAAAUGGAAACGGUGCUGGUGCUGAUGAUUUCUCUGACCUCUCUUUGAGUUUACGACAGCAUGACGACACUGAUAUACCAGGAAUACAGACCAGUGAACAAGACGAGCCUGGAUUUGAAGUCGUCACCAGGACUGAGCUACCUCCUAGGCCAACUGUGACGAGAUCUGAACCUCUAUCCCCCCAGGAAUGGACCAAACACAUGGAUAAAGAUGGCGUUGUUUUGGAUCAAGACAAAUUAAAGCAAAUUAUUUUCAGAGGAGGUGUGGAUAAAACCAUACGGUUAGAAGUGUGGAAGUUUCUGCUGGGUUACUAUAAAUGGGACUCGACAUAUAAAUCACGGACGGAAGAGAGAAAAACUAAAGUUGAUGAUUAUUUCCGGAUGAAACUGCAAUGGAAAACUAUCAGUGAAGCUCAAGAAAGAAAUUUCUCAGCUCUGAAAGAGAGAAAAGGAUUAAUAGAUAAAGAUGUCACUAGGACUGAUCGCACGCAUCCCUUCUUCCAAGGCGAGAACAACCCAAGCAUUCAGAUGUUGAAUGAUAUACUUAUGACAUACUGCAUGUAUAACUUUGACCUAGGUUACGUUCAGGGCAUGAGUGACCUCCUUGCUCCUAUUCUAGUUGUCAUGGAGAAUGAAGUGGAUGCAUUCUGGUGCUUUGUCGGCUAUAUGGACCUUGUGCAUUCAAACUUUGAGUUAAGCCAAGAAGGGAUGAAGGGACAACUAAAUGAUACCCACACUCUACUAAACCUUAUGGACCCUGCACUAUGCAACUAUCUAGAGAGCCAUGAGUCCAGCAAUAUGUACUUCUGCUUCCGUUGGCUUCUCAUCCAGUUCAAGAGAGAGUUCUCCUUUGAAGACAUCAUGAGACUGUGGGAGGUUCUGUGGACUGGACUGCCAUGUAAGAACUACCACUUGCUAAUAUGUCUUGCUAUCUUGGAUACGGAAAAAGCAACUAUUAUGGACAACAGAUUUGGAUUUACAGAGAUACUGAAGCACAUCAAUGAUUUGUCAUUGACAAUUCGUUUAGAUGACAUUCUCCCCCUAGCAGAGGCCAUGCAUAUACAACUCGCACAACUUGCCAGUGAAAACAAACUCAAGAACUCUAUAAGAGAGAUCAUAGGCUUAGCUCCAGAGCCCAAGAACACCUCAGACUCUCCAGAUGGGGAUGACACCCCGAAUGGCACUCCAAAAUUAAAAAAGAAAAAAAUGGACCUACUGAUUAAAGCUCAGGAGAAUAUUUCCCGGGAUGCUACGCAGAAAAGUAGUUCCGGUAGUGAACAGAGUUCCGGUAAUGCUACAGCUGUGACUACGCCAGGCUCAGGAAGUAGUUCCGAGUUACUUUUGGACAUGGAUACUGCAUUUAUCUUAUAGUAUGAGAAAAAAGGAUUUUCAAAAACUGACCACUCUUAGUAUGUUUAACAGGGAUGUACAGUGUUACAGGGGUGUAUUACAGGGGUGUAUAACAGGGAUGUGUUACAGGGGUACAUUACAGGGGUGUAUUACAGGG